AUGGAGAUGUUUUCUGUGAAUGGCACUGAAAUGCCUCCUGCCUUCAUGGUAGGGGCUGGUGGUAAAGUGGCCGAGCUCUCCUCAACAAAGCAUACCUUAACUCCGACCUCGGUAUUGCAAUUUACUUCCCCCUGGGAGUUUCUUGAUCAAGCAUGGAUGACAAUAUUCGGCUAUCACGCUCAAGACUUUCAGUUCACGCCGGGCCAGACCCCUCUCUCGACCUUGAAAGGGACCACCACCAUGCUCGUUGUCUAUUACUCCGUCAUUCUUGCCGGUCGAGAAUGGAUGCGAACCCGACCAGCAUUCAAGCUGAAUACUCUUUUCCUAAUCCACAACUUCUACCUCACGGCAAUCAGCGGCGGUCUUUUGGUUCUCUUCAUUCAGCAACUUGUUCCCCGACUUUGGUCUCAUGGUCUCUACGAUGGCAUCUGUGGUGCUGGCGGCUGGACCGACAAACUCGUCGUCCUCUACUAUCUGAAUUACCUCACCAAGUACCUCGAGUUCAUUGACACUUGUUUCCUUUUGUUAAAGAAGAAGCCGCUGACCUUCCUUCACACUUAUCACCAUGGUGCUACAGCAGCACUGUGCUUCUCUCAGCUUCUAGGACACACUCCCGUGUCCUGGGUUCCCAUCACCCUAAAUUUGUUUGUACAUGUCGUAAUGUACUGGUACUACUUUCAAGCCGCUCGUGGCGUCAAGAUUUGGUGGAAAGAAUGGAUCACCAGGCUUCAGAUCAUCCAAUUCGUCCUCGACCUUGCCUUCGUGUACUUUGCGUCGUACAACUAUGUUGCCAGCACAUAUUUCCCAAGCCUUCCGAAUUACGGCUCUUGUGCGGGUAAGGAGUUUGCUGCCUUUAUGGGAUGUGGUAUUCUAAGCUCUUACCUUGUUCUCUUCGUUUCUUUCUAUUUAGCUACGUACAAAAAGGGCAAGACCGCGUCGAAGAACGCAAGAAAAUCGAUGAGCAAGAUGAGCAGAACAGAAGUGCCAACUGCUACUGAGACGUCUGAAAGAGCGUCGGAGGCUUUUGAAGCGGCUAAAGAGACGGUCGUGUCGACUGUUAACCAGCUACAGAAGGCCGGUUCAAAGGAUGAGUGA